CUGCCUCGCCGCACACCACACGCGAAAGCAAACAAACUACUACUAGCAGAGAGAGAGAGAGGGAGAGAGAGAGAGGGAGGCAUUGCCGUGACGUGAUCCCUCUCUCGCCAGCGACCGAUGGGCUCGGAGGCGGAGAUCACGGGCCCGCUCCUCGCGGCCAGCGGCGGCGGCGCGGAGGCGGAGCCGGAGGCGGUGCCGCCGUGGCGGGAGCAGGUGACGGCGCGGGGGCUGGCGGUCAGCGCGGUCCUGGGGGUGCUCUUCUGCCUCAUCACGCACAAGCUCAACCUCACCGUCGGGAUCAUCCCCUCGCUCAACGUCGCCGCGGGGCUGCUCGGCUACUUCCUCGUCCGCACGUGGACCGCGGCGCUCGAGAGGCUCGGCGUCGUCUCCAAGCCCUUCACCAAGCAGGAGAACACCGUCAUCCAGACGUGCGUCGUCGCCUGCUACGGACUCGCCUUCAGCGGGGGGUUUGGAAGUUAUAUUCUUGCGAUGGAUCAGAAGACCUAUGAGCUUAUCGGGCCAGAUUAUCCUGGUAACAGGGCUGUGGAUGUCAAGAAUCCUUCACUUGGUUGGAUGAUUGGGUUUAUGUUCGUCGUUAGCUUCCUCGGCCUAUUUAGCCUUGUUGCUCUACGCAAGGUAAUGGUAAUUGAUUACAAGCUGACCUACCCCAGCGGGACAGCCACAGCCAUGUUGAUAAAUAGCUUCCACACGACCACUGGAGCUGAGCUUGCAGACAAGCAAGUUAGGUGUCUUGGGAAGUAUUUAAGCAUUAGUUUUAUCUGGAACUGCUUUAAAUGGUUCUUCAGUGGUGUUGGAAAUUCUUGUGGUUUUGAUAAUUUCCCAUCUUUGGGACUUGAAGCAUUUAAGAAUACGUUUUAUUUUGAUUUCAGUCCAACCUACAUUGGAUGCGGUCUUAUUUGUCCGCAUAUUGUUAACUGCUCUACACUUCUUGGUGCCAUCAUAUCGUGGGGUUUCCUUUGGCCAUAUAUAUCCACAAAAGCUGGGAACUGGUAUCCAGCUAACCUAGGAAGCAAUGACUUCAAAGGACUCUAUGGGUACAAGGUUUUUAUAUCUGUAGCUGUGAUUCUUGGGGAUGGUCUUUAUAAUCUCAUCAAGAUCAUUUAUGCUACUAGCAAGGAAAUAAUGAAUGCCCGGGCAAAGCAAGGAAGACUUCCACUUGUCCAGGUUCAGGAUGAUGAUGAAGGUUCUAAAUUAUCAGCUGAGAAAAAGCAUCUGAAUGAGACAUUCAUAAAGGACAGUAUUCCUCCCUGGUUGGCAGGAUCUGGUUAUGUUGGUCUUGCAGCAAUAUCAACUGCAACUGUCCCAAUGAUCUUCCCACAGAUCAAGUGGUACCUUGUCCUCUCGGCAUAUGUUGUUGCUCCCCUACUUGCUUUCUGCAACUCGUAUGGCGCUGGGCUAACAGACUGGAACCUUGCAUCCACAUAUGGAAAGAUUGGCCUCUUUAUUUUUGCCUCAUGGGUUGGUCAGAAUGGUGGCGUGAUUGCUGGCUUAGCUGCCUGUGGGGUUAUGAUGUCCAUCGUAGCCACUGCAUCUGAUCUCAUGCAGGACUUCAAGACCGGGUACCUUACACUCUCUUCACCAAGGUCCAUGUUUGUGUCACAGUUGAUUGGGACUGCCCUUGGCUGCGUCAUUGCCCCACUCACCUUUUGGCUUUACUGGUCGGCUUUUGACAUUGGCAAUCCCGAUGGUGCGUUCAAAGCACCAUACGCUGUGAUCUUCCGUGAGAUGUCAAUUCUAGGUGUUGAAGGAUUAUCUGCUCUGCCCCAACACUGCCUAGCGAUCUGCUCAUUUUUCUUCAUUGCGUCCCUAGUGAUCAAUCUCCUCAGGGAUGUAACACCAAAGAAUGUGUCCAGAUUCAUUCCCAUCCCUAUGGCCAUGGCCAUUCCCUUCUACAUUGGUGCAUACUUCGCCAUCGACAUGUUUGUUGGGACAGUCAUCCUUUUCGUCUGGGAGAGGGUGAACCGCAAGGAAUGUGAUGAUUUUGCUGGUGCAGUUGCCUCAGGUUUGAUCUGUGGUGAUGGGAUCUGGACUGUUCCUUCUGCAAUAUUGUCGAUCCUUAGGAUCGACCCACCAAUCUGCAUGUACUUCAAGCCAUCCCUUACCAGCUAAUAUUAGAACUAGUGCUGCCCUUUAUUUGGAUGUUGUGAUGGGACAUCCACAUGUGUAUAUAUGUUCUUUGUGAAUUAUAGUGCGAAGAAACUGCAGUUGCCUUAUUCAAUAUACGUCGAUUUGUUAUUCUGCUUUUA